AUGUCAGUCUUGGAGGCUUCAAUAGAGGAUCUCGUGAAGAGCUUCCAGGAUACUAUGCCCCUACCAGCCCUAGAGAACCCCACGACCAUUGAUGCACCUGUGGGCAACAAGUUCCCCGUCUACUAUGAUGGUGGUACCGUCCAAGGUUCGGUUCGAAUCAAUCUAGAAUCGCCCCAGACAAUUCGAUCCGUUGUAGUAGAGGUGGAGGGUGAACUUCAAUUACCCUCAGCGUAUGAUAUUUCGCCUCUGUGGCAUGAGAAGCAGAAACUUUGGGAUUCAUCUGGUAGCUUUGACCCUCGAUCGAUUCAAUCAACUGGAGAAUGGAACUGGGAUUUUAGUUUCCCAAUACCUACACAUUUCGAUAAUACUGUAAAUGGCGGAUCGCCGAGAACAAAGCUUCCUGGAUUUAUGCAGUACCGUGUAUUAUUAUUUGUUAAGCGCGGUAAAUAUCUCAGUGACCUUGUAGAGCUGCAAACACUGUUUGCAUACAUACCUCGCGAGCGCGCCCCACCCCCGUCACCCCUCCGCGAACUGGCGUAUCACCAAGGCACCGCACCUCCUGGACCGGAAGAUGACCCAGACGGCUGGAAGCAGUGCAAGACAAUUAAUGCAAAAGGAGCUAUAUUUGGUAACCGUGAAGUUAACAUGACAUACCGACCCUAUUUGGCUAAUCCUACCAUAUACCCGCGUGGUGGGACGAUUUUUUAUCGUAUCGAGGUGUCUGGUGGUGACUCCCAGGCCUUGGAUCUACUAUCCUCUCCGUCUUCUAUCGUGGUAUUGUUAACACGGGAAGUGCAAUGCAAGCGUUUCAAAGAGACUUCCCCGAGAGGGGUAGAUGACCACGAUGCUGACGUUCGGGCCAUUGCUCAAGGAGUAACCUGGACACUCGCCGGUUUGCCAGGAGAUAAUGACACGAGAUUCCUCGAAGGGGAAAUAACUGUUCCUCCUGGAACAGAUUCGAGCGUUGCAGUCACGCCGGUCCAGUUGAAUUAUUCGGUGACGUUUGUUGUUACUGCCGCCGGAUUUUCUCCUCACAAUCGGAGCGAUGUGAUUUCGCGGAAUCCCAUUCGAGUGGUAUCCCACCCAGCUUUAGGCGUUAGGCCCGUUUCUCGACUCCCUCCGGGAUACGAGCAAAAGGCCACAGCUCGCCCAACAAAGGUAGACUGGGCGUUGUCAACCAUAGAGACAACAUUGGGCCCUAGCAGUUGGAAACUCCCCGUGCUUCACACCAAUUACACGGACUGA